CUCACUCGGGUGUCCUGUAGUACCAAGUUAGAUUCCUCUCUGCUCCAUUUUUGCCAAUUAUGUCUAAGAAAAAUUAUAGUUUUCAAUAUGUGACAGAGAGAGAGAGAGAGAGAGAAAGAGAGAGAGAGAGAGAGCACAGCAGUACCAAUUAACUCACUUUCUUAAAGACCUUUUAUUAAUCUUUACUUUGGUUAGGUUCAGUUCGUUAGAUAUCAACUACACAGAACAAGAGAAUUAUCUUAAUUUUCUCUGCUACCAGCCAACCACUUUCCUUCUACUGUUCUACAUCUCAAUCCAAUCCCUCCUUUAUUUUCUUAGUACAGAAUUUAAUCAUUUUUUGAUUUUCUUACAACCUCUUUUGUCUACCAUACUCAUAACAUAACACAACACAUCUUAGCUGCUCUCUACAGGGGUUUUUGUGUUAACUGAGUUAAAGUGAUCAUUGAUUUGGUGAACAAAACAAACAGCUUGUAGUUGGUUACUAUCUCCUCCUCCUUUUUUUCUUCUUUGUCUCUUGCACUUCACCCUUGGCUCCUGGAGCUCUUUUUCUACACUAUGAACUUGUAGUUGCAAACAUGUUGUGUUUUUUCAAGGAAUCAUGAACCUUACCUCUAACAUUCUCCAUUUGUGGUGGAGUGUCUCAUCUUUUGUUGUUCUUCUUUUUCUUGUUGUGCUUCAAUCAUCAGUACUUGCUCUUAACUCUGACGGGAUUCUCUUGCUUCACUUCAAGUACUCUAUCCUCAGUGACCCUUUAUCAGUCUUAGAUACAUGGAACUACGAUGAUGUAACUCCAUGUUCAUGGAAUGGAAUCACAUGCACAGAAAUUGGAACACCAGGUACCCCGGAUUUUCUGAGAGUCACAAGCUUGAACCUUCCCCAUAGCCAGCUUCUUGGUUCCAUUGCUGAAGAGCUAGGCAUGAUCCAAUACCUACGCCACCUUGAUCUCUCCCACAACCUCCUCAAUGGUUCACUGCCAAAUUCCAUCUUCAACUCUUCACAGCUUCAAGUUCUUUCUCUCUCAAACAAUGUCAUCUCAGGAGAGUUAGCAGAGCUCAUUGGCAAAUUAACAAGCCUUCAAGUUCUCAAUCUCUCUGACAAUGCCUUUGGUGGUUCAAUCCCAGAAACCCUGACUUCUUUGCAGAACCUAACAACUGUUUCACUCAAGAGUAACUACUUCUCAGGAAGGGUCCCAAGUGGUUUCAACUUCACCGAGGUUUUGGAUCUUUCAUCAAAUCUGCUCAACGGUUCUCUACCAAAUGAGUUUGGUGGGGAAAACUUGAGGUACUUGAACCUCUCUUACAACAAGGUUUCAGGGACCAUUCCACAAACAUUUGCAAGGCAUAUUCCUGGAAACGCCACUAUUGAUCUCUCAUUCAACAACCUCACAGGUCCAAUACCAGAUUCUUCUGCUUUACUCAACCAGAAAACCGAAUCUCUAUCUGGGAAUGCUGAUCUAUGCGGGAAGCCUCUCAAGAUUCUGUGUUCCAUUCCUUCUACACUCUCUGAUCCUCCAACCAAUGCAACUACAUCUUCACCUGCAAUUGCAGCCAUACCAAAAACAAUCGACACAACACCACCAACAAACGCAACAGGAGGAAGCAAUAACGUAUCACCGAGUGGCCUAAAACCUGCAACCAUAGCCGCCAUUGUUGUUGGAGACUUAGCUGGCAUGGCCGUUCUUGCAUUGAUCAUUCUCUUGGUCUACCAAAAGAGAAAGAAAAGGGAUCCAAAACCAACCAGCAACAGCGUAAACAAAGACGAAAUAAUCAUCACAAAACAAAACCACGAGAAUGACGCGAAAACAACAUCAUCACUCCCCUGCUCAUGCCUAACAAUGAAAGAAGAAGCGACCUCAUCAGAAGAAUCAACAAGCUCAGAGAGUGAGCAGGAGAACUCAGAAAACAACAAGGUUGCGAAAGGAGGGAGUCUUGUGACGGUGGACGGAGAGACAAAGCUUGAUCUGGAGAAUCUCCUGAAGGCAUCGGCGUAUAUAUUGGGAAACAGUGGUGGCAGCAGCAUAGUGUACAAGGCAGUUCUUGAAGAUGGAAGAAUCUUCGCCGUUCGAAGAAUCGGUGAGUGUGGAAUUGAGAGGAUGAAGGACUUCGAGAACCAAGUAAGAGCCAUUGCCAAGCUUCGCCACCCAAAUUUGCUUCGGCUUCGCGCCUUCAGCUGGGCCAAAGACGAGAAGCUUCUUGUCUCCGACUAUGUUUCUAAUACCACCCUCGCUUCCAUCGGUCCGAGAAGAGGAGGUUCAUCAUCACCCUUGAACUUGGGAUUGGAAAUUCGGUUAAAGAUAGCAAAAGGGGUUGCGCGAGGGUUAGCGUUCAUUCACGAGAAGAAACACGUGCAUGGCAACAUCAAACCCAGCAACAUUUUGUUAAACUCUGAGAUGGAACCAAUCAUCUGUGAUUUUGGGCUAGACCGGCUCAUCUUGAACCACCACAACAUUAACCAUAGAGCAAACGGUUCAGCUAGGAACUUACUUCAACAGCAGCAAGAAAGUGCAACCAUUGGUUCAAGCCCCUAUGCUGCAACAACAACAACAACAACAAUGCUUGGAACAUCAUCAUCCAUUAGUGGGACUCCAAUGGCGUAUCAAGCACCAGAGUCGCUUCAAAACAUUAGGCCGAACCCCAAGUGGGACGUGUACUCGUUUGGAAUGGUUCUACUUGAGCUCCUCAGUGGGAGGAUUGUUUCAGACCGGGAGUUAGAGCAGUGGUUUGGAGUUGGACCGGGUUCGGUGGAAGAGGAGAAGAACCGGGUGUUGUUGAGGAUGGCCGACGUGGCAAUCAAGUCUGACGUGGCUGGAAGAGAGACUGCUAUCUUGACGUGCUUCAAGUUGGGGCUUAGUUGUACCUCAGUUGCCCCACACAAGAGACCCUCUAUGAAAGAGGCUCUGCAUAUCUUGGACAAGAUCCCUUCAUCUGCUACAAAUUAAACUCACUCUAUUGUUAGCUUUUUUCCUCUGCUUUUGUUGAUUUGAUUAGCAGUAUUAAUUAGUUUAUGGAGGGAAAGUGACGAUGAUUGUAACAUUGACCACUGAAUCGAAUCGAAUCAAAUCCUUGUCUGUGUAAUGAGCUUUUUCACGGAGACCAAUGGUCGGUGUUGCUGACUAUUAGUAAUAAAGCUUGCGCAGCAGAUGCUGACUGUUUGGUCCUACAUACAUAUAUGGUUUGGUUAUUAUGA